AUGCAAGCGAAGGAGAGGCGUGUCUUUCCUUCCUCGAGACCUCCCCGGGCAGGUUGUUGCGUUUUUGGCUCUAAAGCGCUGAGAUCGCAGAGGAGCCGUCAGUUUUCGAAGUAGGAGCCAUGGCUACAACAGCUCAGUAUAUUCCUCGGAAUAACUCUUUGCCUUCCAACCCGCUCAUGCAUCCGGAUUCGGAUAGGAUGCAUCAGGGGACGACUUACAGAGAGGUGCAGAAAAUGAUGCACCACGAGUAUUUGCAAGGACUUGCGGCGACCAACACGGGACAUCCGAUGACUCUGACGCACCACCAGUGGCUGCCCACCUCCAACACCGACUGGACCAGCGGAACCCACAUUGGACAACCCGAGCACAACAAAUCCGCGGUGCAGGCCACCCGAGAGGACCUGAGCAGCGGCUUUCACCACAGAUCGCACCUGGUGCACCAGCAGACGCAGGGCGGCCACCACGGGUCCUGGGCGCCCGCCACGACCCACCACUUGUCCCCGCUGUCUCCCGCCUCCAAUGGCCACCAGUCGCUCGUCUAUUCCCAGCCGGGCUACACGAAUCUCAACGCCAUGCUGAGCCCGCAGCCGUCCUCGCUCCACCACGGCAUGAGGGACUCGCUGCACGAAGACGCGGGUAGUCAUGACAACCAGAUGGAGUCGCCGCAGCAGCCGUUCAGCCACCACCAGGACCACUCGGACGAAGACGCGCCCAGUUCCGACGACCUGGAGCAGUUCGCCAAACAGUUCAAACAGAGGCGGAUCAAAUUGGGCUUCACGCAGGCGGAUGUGGGCUUGGCUCUGGGCACCCUCUACGGCAACGUGUUUUCCCAGACCACCAUCUGCAGGUUUGAGGCGCUGCAGCUGAGUUUCAAGAACAUGUGCAAACUUAAGCCCCUGUUGAACAAGUGGCUGGAGGAGACGGACUCCAACACCGGCAGCCCGACCAAUUUGGACAAGAUCGCCGCUCAGGGCCGGAAACGAAAGAAGAGGACCUCUAUCGAGGUCGGAGUCAAAGGGGCGCUGGAGAACCAUUUCUUAAAAUGCCCCAAACCGUCUGCCCACGAGAUCACCAGUUUGGCGGGCACCCUACAGUUGGAAAAAGAAGUGGUGCGCGUGUGGUUUUGCAACAGAAGACAGAAAGAAAAGCGAAUGACUCCCGUCGGGGUCCCUCACCCGAGCAUGGAGGAUGUAUAUUCACAAGCGGAGACGCCGCCUCUACACCACUCGCUACAGAGUCCGGUCCAGUGACUGUUUUCAUGAACUAGCCUGUUAUUUAAAAAAAGAGAGAGAGAAAAUAAUGAAAGGACUAUGGAAUUUACAGUAUUUUUUUUGUUCGUUUCUUUUUCGUUUUCCUUAGGCAAGAGAAGGGGGGGGGGGCUGGCAAGGUGUCGCCGGUAGCCGGAGAUUGUGGUACGAUAACUGUAGAUGUGCGCUGGAAAUGGGUUUAAAAAUACAAUGAUAAUAACUGAUUUAAAAAAUCACGCGAGUUUUAAGUGAGACAAAGAUUUUUAUUUACCAAAAUUCUAUGGAGGAAAAACAAACGAAAAAAAAAUGUUAUAGUCAAUUCGACCUUUUAAUUCAAAAGGAUGCGAAUAUCUCGAGCGGGGCAAAUUUGUUUCUUGCUAUGUCUUUAAAAAAAGCUGGUAGAUCGCACUUAAGUCUCGGUGUUUGCCUAAAGAAAAUAUCAAUAAUGAGGCAUAUGCUGCGAGCAGAGUGGCGUUUGUAUUCUUAAAGUCGUUAAUCAGAUUCAUUAUUAUUUCUUUAAUAUAUUGAUUGUGUUGUUUGCUUCGUUUCGAAAAAAAAUAACCCAACGGCUUUCCUCUUCUGCAAAUUAAACGUAUGCCAUUUACUUUGUUUUGCUUUAUAUUAAUUGUGUAAUUUCACACAUCAAAACACGAGCCUACCUUUGCCUUCGCGGUGACCCCACGAGUCGGGUGCAACUUGACGGAAAUAAUAUCAGUGCUGACGAAACGUUCACAUUUUUUCCAUUCACUAACGCGAAAAUGCUCAAAGAAUAUCACGGCCUUUUGGAAACCAAACAGAAAUCAAAAGCUUUGCAUUUAACAAUGUGGACAGGUGCAGAUAGAAGCGAGAACUAAAUAGGACAAUACACGGACUACUCAGUUUGAAACUUGUAUAAUUUUGUCGGUUUUUGUUUUGCUUUUUUGCAUGGAGCACUUAUUCUUUAACGUUAUUGUACUGUUACAAUUAUGAUUCUGUUUGUUCAUACAGUUGUGGACGUAACUCUUCUCAUUUGUGUAAAAUAGCUUAUUAUCAUGUUUACAGUUUCGAAAAGUAUUUGACGCUGUCAAUCUAAAUCGCUGACUGUCAGGCCAUCCCAACCAAACCUUUAAACAUGAUUGGUGAAACACGAAAAGGAAGCGGAAAGAAAUAUCUCAGGUAACUUAAAUGCCCAGGUCGAAGUCUUACUGUUACUCUUUUUUUUUAAAUACCUACCUUUUAAAUUUAUUUUCAGUUAGUAGGCUCUCCCACUUAGCUUAUUUAACUGCACCAUUGUAUCGUACCCAGUAUAUCCUGAGGAAACGUGGAAAACGCUAUAACUAAAUGUAAUGAAGGGACCUGUUUUAGAUAUAUUUAUUAUUUUGCUCAGAACAAAAGAAAGGUAAAAGGAUAAACCAGUACAUUGUGUGUUAUCUUGUUCAUGGUCUGGCAGAUUAUAAUGGACAGUGCGUGCAGGUAAAUUCUGCAAAGGUUAUUCAAUCCAACGCGGAACUACUACUUUCUACAAAACUGAUUUUAAAAGAUAAAGUUGCCAGGAUUAUUCCCAAUAUGUAAAUAUGUCGAAUAUGUAAACAUAUGUAUUUGUUUUGAGUUUAUUGUUUUGUUUUUGUUUCUUUCCGGGCAGUUUUGUACACUUACUAAUUCCAAGAAGAUAUUUUAAUAUGAUUUCGUUUAUGAAUUUGACCAUUUAUAUAUAAAUAUAUAUAUAUUUAUUUCCUAAAUGUGUUUGGAGCUUUUUGUUUAGCUCUUUUAAUGAUUAUGUUGCAGUGGAUAAGAAAUGUUUUGUUUACUACAUUGGUUGUUUGUUGAUUGCAAAAUGUAGACUGCAAAGUCACAUUUAUAUUUAUGUUAUAGUAAUAUUUUAUUACUUACAUAAAACGUAUAUACAAGAAAA